UUUCUGUCAAGCUGUGCUGGCGGCAACUCAAUUUAUUGGGGAAACAUACCGCCGUCAUCUCAAUUUAUUGGGGCCCUUCUGAACUUGGGACUCGACCCGAAUUUUGAGUGUCCCCCCAACAAAAAACCCUUCUAUUUCAAAAACAAACAAAAAAAACCUCAUAUCAAACUACUUGUGUUGACAUAAUACAUUCUGUGUUGAUCUACACUUGUCUGCCUUCUUUAUAUUUUCCAGUUUUUUGUCACAAUGCCUCGCACCAACAAGAGAUCUCAAGCUCAGAAACGUCGCUUCCAGCAGCAGACUGAAUCCCACGAUCCAACUCCUGAGUCAGCAGAGCAUUCUUCUAAUCUCUUCGAGAACAUGGCAGCUGUCUUACUGGUUUCUGAUGAAGUCAGAGAUGUCAGCAGUGAUGUUGUAAUGAGCAGACGUGAUGAAGGUAAUGUGAUGAUAACAGAACUGCCCUCUGAGAUUCGACUGUGUGCUUCCCGCAGCCAGAGCUCUGCCAGGUUUGGUAAACUAAAAAACAAACAGUGUACAUGUAACUCUCUAACAUUUCUGGCUUUCCUCCAUGAAAAUGAGAUGAUCUCAAAAGCAGACCUGGACCUUGUUCUGGAUAAAGGGAAUGUUUUAUAUCAACAGGCUAUUAAGAUACACCCCACUGAUGGUACUGGAUAUUUGGCGACUGAUGAACUCCCUAACCUCGUUUCUUCUCGCAGCUCUACUCUCACAGCUGAUCUCUCCAUACUUCCUGUCUUUGGCACCUUUGGAAACCCACCAGCUGGAUGUAUGGAUACCUACCUUUCCCUGUCUUCCAGGCUGAACUGUUUGACUGAUGAUGUGCAGUAUGCUCUGUUGAUCAUGGUAAGCUUGUGUAUUGCAGUGUUCAGGACUCCCAGUGGCAGAUAUGGCUUCUUUGAUCCUCACUCCAGAAAAGAUGAUGGUUCAUACAAAGAGCCUGGAACAGCUGUGAUGGUGACGUUCAAACAUCUCCAGGACAUGGUGAAUCGACUCCUACGCUGCUACAGAGAGCAUGGCGCCUCAUCCACGACCCAAUACGAGUUCAAACCUGUGACGUUUGUCAGCAUCAGACCUGCAGACAGAGUGCAAUCCGUGGAAAUGUGGUGUGUGUCCCAUCUGAGAUCCAGGAAACAGUUGAAGCUUUGCCCAGACUGAGAAGUGAAUCCCAGAUAAUGAGAGUGAAGCUGAAGAGACGCCUGUGUUACCGAGGACAUCAGCUCUUCCAGACUGUUACCUGGUCUAAACUGAUGCAGGCCCUGCAUAAACUCAAACUGAUUCACCCACAGUAUUCUGAAAUCAUUAUCAGAGAUGAAGCUGAGCUGUGUGACCCCACCCUGCCUGAUGAUGAUGAUGAUGAUGAUGAAGAGAUGGAGGAAGAGUUUGAUGAAACAGACUUGAUGGAGAUUGACAGGUUUGAGAAAGAUGCUCUGUGUGAAAAUGAGGCUGAGGAUGGUUUAGAUGUUCUGUCAUGUGAUGGUGAAGAACCAGAGAACAGACCUGAAGAACAGCAGGAAGGUGACAUGCCCAAUGGUGGCUUUGCUCUGGAAUCUUGUCUUCAGCCUCCUAAUGUAGCAGAGGAAAUCAUGUCUUUCAGUGAAGGAAUCUACUGUGUUGCUCCUGCUGAGAGAAACAGUCCAGUUGGCUUUUUUAAGACCCCUAAACUUGAGGCCAUGGCUUUCCCUGUACAGUUUCCUACAGGUCAAAACACCCUGGAUGAGAGCAGACGUGUCAAACUGUCACCAAGCAGUUACUUCAAAUCCAGACUUUUCUCCAUUGAUGACAGAUUUGCCAGAGACUCAAAUUAUUUGUUCUUUGCACAGUUUGUGAUUGAGGUUCACCUGACUACCAACAGCAUGACCAUCCAGUUGAGAAAAGGCAAACCCAUGACCAGAGAUGGACGAAAAAUAACCUCAGGGAUGCUGCAAGACAGACGUGAAGUAGAGAAACUAGUGAGAAACCGCGAGGCUUUUCGCUUCAUGAGAGCAUUACGUGGUACUCCGGCCUACUGGCACCAGAAAACCAGUGAACUGUUUGCCAUGAUAAGACAGCUGGGCACUCCCACCUUCUUUUGCACGUUUUCAGCUGCUGAGAUGCGAUGGCCUGAAGUGAUUGAAGCAAUCAAGAGACAGCAAGGUGAGGAGGUGAAUUUUGAAGAGCUUGACUGGUCAGAAAAAUGUGACAUCCUGAGAAGUAAUCCUGUGACAGCAAUGCGCAUGUUUGAUAAGCGAGUGGAGGCCUUAUUCAGAGAUUUGCUGCUCUCGCCUGCUCAGCCACUGGGUAAAGUUGUGGACUUCUUUUAUCGAGUGGAGUUUCAGCACAGAGGAAGUCCUCACAUUCACUGCCUGCUCUGGGUUGAAGGUGCCCCUGUGUUUGAAAAGGAUGAUGAUCAGACUGUGUGUGAUUUUGUGUCCAGAUACAUCACAGCUCAGCUCCCUGACCCUCACACUCAACCUGACCUGCACAAGAAAGUCAGUGAAGUCCAGAAACACAGUCGUACACACACCAAGACAUGUUUCAAAAGUGUUGGCUCUGGGUGCCGUUUCGGGUUUCCCAAACCUCCCUGCAGAAACGUAAUGAUCACGAGACCUGAUGGUGGUAAAUAUACUGCAACUGCAAAGACUAAGCUGAGACCU